AUGGAUUCUGCGAACAAGUCUCAAUUUUGUGAUAAGGACAGGAUCAGCAAUCUUCCGGUCCAUGUUGCUCAUCACAUUCUUUCCUUCCUCACAAUGGAAGAACUUGCACGAAUGUGCCUGACCUCAAAAAAGCACAGAGAGCUAUGCAUAUCGAUUCCUUUCUUGACUAUUAAUGGCAUUCCAUACAGAAGCUCAGCCAAACGGGCUCAGUUCAUCAACUUUAUAGAUAGGUUCCUUUCUCUGCGUAACGGAAUGGAAACGAGACAAGUUACUAUUUGUUGGUCAUUUAAAAAUGGCAAUUCUGAUGAUGAAUAUCGUGUUCUUACAUGGCUGAAUCAUGCAAUAGGAUGCAAUGUUAAAUUGCUUGAACUUGAACUCGUCCUUGAUGAGGAUGCUGUUUUCUUCUUGCCGCUUGGUGUCUUUCAUUGUGAUUCCUUGAUGGAAUUAAAAGUGAAUUUGAAUGGAGGUGUUCUCAAAUUGCCUUCCACAGAUGGAAUUUGCAACAUCCAGUCCUUGUCAUUGAGAGGUGUUCAAACCUUCGAUCAGAAUUUUGGGGAAUGGGUUUCAUCUCUCUGCAAGCAGCUCAAGCUAUUAUCCCUUGCUCACGUUCAUGGUAUAACGGAUAUUAGCAUUGAAAGUUCCAGCCUUCAAGAUUUGACCAUUAUAGCUCCAUCAACCAGUCAAAAUGAUUUCUGCAGAAUUACCAUAUCAGCUGAGAUGCUUAAGAAAAUGCGUUUAGACUGGAGAUUUAAUUCCUCUAUUGGAAAGUCAUUGAAAAUCUAUGCACCCAAUCUUGUAACGUUUUCAUUGUAUGGAUCCAUUGCGAGCAGCUAUUGCUUGGGGAACUUGAAGCAUCUAUUAUAUGCUUCCUUCAAGUUUUAUGGUCCUGUAAAUACAAAUGAACUUUCCAGCAGUCAGAACAUACUCGAGCUCCUUCAAUGCAUAUGCACAGUCAAAUGCCUAUCUUUGCAAGAUUCAACUAUUACGUCAAGAAAUCCCAGGUCUUUUGAGGCGUAUGGGUUUACUAGAGGAUAUUGGGAAUCCCAAAACUUGGUGUUUCACCAACUGAAGGCAGCAGUAAUAGAGCUUUGUAACAAAGGGGUCAAUGAGUUGGAGUUCAUAAAAUUUUUGCUCAAGCAUGCUACUGUUCUGGAGAAGUUGACUGUCUUUGAUCCACCAUGUUUUUCAUCUGAAAUCAGUAAAGUGAUAAAUGAUUAUGAGAAGGUUUCAUCAGCUGAAGUAGUUUUUGCUCCAAAACCUUCAAAUACUUUGCAACUUAGACAACUGUACCUUGAUCAUAUUUUGGGGAUAAAUGAUAUUAGCAUCAAAAGUUCCCCACUUCAAGAGAUGACAAUCAUAGACUUGUCAUCUGGGGAUCUAUGCAAUAUUAGAGUGUCAGCUGUGAUGCUUAAAUGGAUGGAGUGUUAUGGUGCAACGUCAGAAGGACAUUCAGCUUGUCCAUGCUCUAUCCUGUUUAUCUCUUUCCAAAUAUAA